UUACGAAUGGCUGGAUGUGAGUCCAAGGGUCGUGGCGUCGAUUUGAAAACGCAUUUCUCGACCCAUGAAGGCGUUUAUGCUCAGGUAGAGCGACCGAACUUUGACCGCGUAGUUCGUGCGCAGUGUAAUACUCAGCACCUACCACCCGUGAGGCUUUCUUUCCUCAGUCUGAAGAAAGGUGGAGGAACUCAAUGCACCGAAGAGCGUCUGCUAUUUAAUGUUGGCCGUGACUUGCUUUUCUUUCCAUUCUUUGGACUGAAUCAGUCAGUUGAUCUGACUCGACCACUGGACAGACGCGUGUACAAAGGCUCAUAUCCAUCGUGUCACAGUUUCAACCUUUUGACUCGUUCUCAGGACAGCGUCCAUGUUGUAAUUGGCUUUUCUACUGGCCCUAUUCAACUGUUUAAUCCAAUUAAACGGGAAGUCGUAUGUAUAUUCAACGAAGACCAAACUAUUGAUAAAACUGAGGUAACAUGUAUUCAGUGGGUACAAGGCACUGAGGCUCUCUUUCUAGCAUCACAUCGCAGUGGUAAUCUAUAUUUAUAUCAUAAAGAGUUUUCUUGCAGCAGCCACGGUCCUCACUACUCGUCACCUCGCUCAGUGGGUGAUUGUCUCAUCUACAGCAAUAAGAACAAAGUCAAGAAUCCGCAGGCUCGGUGGAGCGUCAGUAAAUCAGCAGUCAAUCAGUUUGAGUUCUCACCCGAUUUGAAACACGUAGCAAUUGUUAGUCAAGAUGGGUACUUAAGAGUACUCGAUUACCCCGAUGUUAAUCACAUGGUCUGUCGAAUGAAGAGCUACUUUGGUGGUUUGCUGUGUCUUGCUUGGAGCCCCGAUGGCAGAUGUAUUGCUACAGGCGGAGAAGAUGAUUUAGUUUUGAUCUGGUCUGUUGAGAAUGGACAGCCUGUGGCUCGAGGAGAGGCACAUAGAUCAUGGAUUAGUACAGUUAGAUUCGAUCCAUACAUUUUUGGGAAACUUGCUAGUUCUAGUGAAACUCCCAAAGUAUGGGAAGAUGGCGAUGAUGAUGGUGAUCAUCCCACAUCACCCGAUGGUCUGAUCAGUCCUCGUCCAGUACUCUACCGGUUAGGAUCUGUUGGCCAGGAUGCGACACUCGUACUAUGGAACUUGUAUGAGGAGGAUUUGCUAUUGAAACAAUCGUGGUCGAGGGUGGGAACACGAUUUGGAGUGUCUCGGACAUUGUCGGCGAGUUCGCAUAAAUGUGCCGACAAAAGGACAUGCAAUAAUGUAGCCACAGCUGACACGAGGCAGAAGUCGGCGAGUCCAAGUCUUACGGAUACGACAACCAUCAGCAUUCAAGCGUUGACUCUACAAGAUAUAAAUCUGAUUACACCUACCAUCAACAAAAGAAUUUCAAUUGAGUGGUUGACGGAUUUAGUGUUUCGUGAGGAUUGCAUUGUCACCGUCUCUCAAGAUGCUUGCAUUCGCUUUUGGGCAAGGCCAGAUCAAUUGAAACUACUAAAUGGUGAGACAGAGCAGUCAAAAGUGAUAGAGAAGAUGACAGAAACAGACAGGCAGCCAAGUUUAUCUGAAAAUGCGAUGUCUGCAAGUCAUCCACGUAGUCGAACAGCAAGUGAUGAUGAUACAAAUAAUUCACCUGGCACUGUUGUUUAAUUUAAGCUCUUAUAGAAUGCUGGGGUUUCUAUAUGAGAUAAUAAUUGCGUGUAGUUGCAGGGACCAUUGAGUUUUGUAUGUAGAGUUACCGAGUACGAAUAAUGAAAUAUUGUUGACUUGAUUAUUUAGUAGAA